AUGGUCACUCUUUUGACUACAGUAUCCUCCGCGUUGUUGGAUAAGCUUGGGAAAACGCAGCUCAGCGAACUUGUGAAGAGCAAGUUUGAGAAGAAAGAUUUGGAUGAUAUCUUUGACAAAGAAGCCUUUGACAAGUUCGAGGAACUCUUCAAGGACAACAAGACCCACGAAUUCAUCGACAGUUUGAAGGGCCUCAGUGACAACACGAAGAAAUCCCUGAAGCUCUCUGCCAGCUUCCGUCAAAAGCUGAAGUCCGACGAGAGCAAGAACUUCAACAAGUUCUUCGGAUUCAUCGCGAAGUAAGUCUACAAAACGUAUGACCUCACAUCUUACAGGUACGAAAAGGAGUACCACAAUGACACCCACGUCUCUGAGAGCUUCAAAAAAUUCCAAUCUACUCUGAAAAGAAUUGAGAAUAGACAGAAGGAGAGCCCCAAGGCCAAAUUUGGCAUCAACCAAUUCUCCGACCUGACUCCACAAGAAUUCAUCGCCAAACACACGGGACUCAACGUUGAGCACCUCAGGGAACUCCAUGGGAAGAUCAACAGCUCAAAUUUGCUCCGCUCAAAGAGAGACACAACCCAGAUUCCUUGCAACUUCGACUGGAGAGAACAUAACGGCGUUACCCCCGUGCAGAACCAGGGUGGUUGUGGCUGUUGCUACGCGUUUCAGGCGGUUGGUGUCGUAGAAAGCCAACACCUUAUCCAUACCGGACAGACUCUGCAUCUGAGCGAGGAACAGGCUAUUGCUUGCACUUACCACGUCGACCCGUACAACAACGGAGGUUGUGAAGGCGGUACGACUCCUGGAGUGUUGAACUACGUCGUUGACAAUGGAAUUUCUCUCGCGGACAAUUUCAAAUUCACUUCCGGAGAUGGAAAUCACACAGUCCCCGCUUGCCCCAGCGGACUGCCUUAUGCCACGAAGAUCACAAAACAAGCGUUCUUGCCUCAGUACGACGAGGACAACGUGGCCAAGAUUGUGUAUGAAGUUGGACCAGUUGCAACCUGUAAGUCUGCGGUUCCAAAAUCAUGUUCUCUCUAGCAAUUGAUGCGGACGGAAUUCAAGACUACAAGAGUGGGAUCCUCGACAUUGCCGAACCCUCAGGCGGUUGGCCCAUCAAUCAUGGUGUCAUCAUCGUUGGGUAUGGAGAGGAAAAUGGUACCAAGUACUGGAUCCUCAAGAACUCGUGGGGAGUGGGAUGGGGCGACCAAGGAUUCUUCAAGAUCAAGCGAGGCGUUAACUCUCUUGGCAUGGCCGAAUUCAAUUAUGCCGCGUACUUCUGA